UGUAAAAUAGGGAUGUCUUUCUGUGGUGAAUAAGAGGAUUUUGAUGAAAUUUAAAAUCAACCUGAGCACAUUGGAAACGAUGAAUAGAACAAUGAAAUUGAUAAUGACUACAACAACGAUUCUGAGAUUGAACAAUGUGAUACUAUUAUUGAGAAUAGGAAUCAAUAAAAAGAUUCAAAUUGUUUAUCACAAGAUGUAAAUUAAGAACAGUUGAAUUAAACUGAAAAAGUAGGUUAGUUAGGAGGUGUAGAUUAGUUAUAUGUUGAAUAAGAUUAAUAAGAGUUACUACUCAAUUUAGGAUGUCCUUUAAUUUAACAAUUAAUUAUUAAAGAGAGUGUAAAUAAUGACGAACUGGAGAUGCAUCAAGAAUGUGGUGAAUUUCUAUCUUGUUAAUUUUGUGUGUUUAGAUUCACCCCUUGCUAAUAUAAAUCUCAUCUGAAGCAAAUUCACAGUGAAUACUUUUGCAGUAAUUGUGGAAUUGCUGAUAAAAAUAUUACAAAUUAAAAUCAUAGAUUAAGAUGUUUUCAACAGUAGUAAUUUGGAUUUACUGAUGCUAUAAUAUAACAAUUAGAUGAUGCUGUUGAUGAGAAUGAAAUUGAAUAUGAUCCAGAUGAAUAUUCACCUUGAUAUUUUGCAUAUGUGUC